AUGGGAAGAAAGUGCUGCGUUCCGCGUUGCUGUUCCCGCUACGAUGCCAUCAUUAAAAGGGGACAUGCCGGUAUUAGUACGUUCAAGUUUCCGCGCGAUCCCAUACUAAGAGAACGUUGGAUAAAGGCCGUGCCAAAAACAAACUGGACUCCUUCCAAAGAGGCGUGCAUUUGCAUCAAUCACUUCAAACCGGAAGAUAUUCUCAAGUACGAUAAGCCCGCGAAACUAAAGCAGAGUGCAGUGCCAUCGUUAUUCGGUGAUAACUUAACGAACGUUCAAUCAAAAUUGGCACGUAAAUCCAGAGGAGGAAGGACUACCAAAUCAAGUGAAAUCGAAUGCCCACAGAUUGAUGGUUGUGAUAAGGCGUAUACGAUAUCUUCUGCCGAACACGUCCUGGAAGAUUUCAUAAUAAGUUUUGAAAACUUCAAGGAUCACGUGAACGAGAAACUCCAGCAUUGCAAGUGGAUGCUACUGUUGAGUCCUGAUGUUGUUCAUCUGUUCACGGUGAUCGUGAGGGAAGAUCACCUUCCCAUACAAGUGGGAAAUAGUCUUCAGGUGUACCGCGACUUAAAGAUACGAUUAUUCCUCUCUGAGGAAGAGCAAAGGGCCGAGCAGCUUCGAUGGAUUCUUGGGCUAGACGAUAAGCUUCUACGUUGGUCGCAGUUGGAGACCAUUAUGAACAAAUAUGAUGACAUCAGCGAGCAAGCAGCGGGAAAGCUACACCCUUAUUCGCCGGAUCAGACUGAAGAAUCGUUGGAGAACGACCAACUUGACUUGGUGUCUCACGAAGAACACUUAGAAGACCCAAUCGACGGGGAAGGAGCCAAACAUGAUUUAGAGGCCUUCGAUAAUGAGAAAACUACGACGAGUAGAACCAUAGAAUUGGAGAUCGAAGAACAAGAUGUUGAGCAAAAUUUGCACACCGUUGAGCUUGAUGAUCACUUUUUGGAUAUCGAUGGGGGAGAAUGUUCUGAAACUGAGUUAGAGGACCAACCUCAACUGCGCGCUUAUGGGCAGAAAAAUUCUUCCAAUUACAAGUCGACCUUUUCCAUUAUGCGCGAGUUGCGGAAUACGAAAAAUAAAUGCUUUGUGUGCGACGUCGAGCAUGAGACGUUAGAGGAUCGCGAUCAGCAUAUGCCAACACACCUGUCGAUGCUGCCAUACCACUGUGAGCUCUGCGUGCGAGGAAAAAUCACCAUCAAAACCUUAGCGUCGCUAAACAAACAUUUCCUCAUGCACCGAAAACCGUUAAAGUGUCGUUUCUGUGACGUUCGCUUCAAUAGCUACGGUGCCCGCAGUCUACACGAAGAAAUCAAGCACGGCGGAGCGGUAAACAUAACUUGCGACGUGUGUCAGCGGGUGUUUUCUUCAAAGCGCAGCUAUCAGUAUCACCGCAAGAUCCACGACGAUCCGGAGGCAUUGCGGUGCAAACUUUGCGGUCGAACACUAUCUUCCGCGUACGAAGUAAAGGCCCACAUGCGUACGCACACGGGCGAAAAACCAAACCAAUGUGCGUUCUGUGCUGCAUCGUUUAAUAGGCGAUCGAAUCUCAUCGAGCACAUCCGCCGCUAUCACAGCUUAGAGCGCCCGUUCGAGUGCACCGUUUGCGGGGAACGAUUCCGGUUGAAUGCAGGACUUAAGAGACACCAACAAUCGCACGUGCCAAACAUGUCCAGCACAGGUAAGCGAAGCAGUAGAGUAUCACGAACGCCCAGGGUCUUCCACUGCAAGGAGUGUGAUCUCAAGUUCGACUCCGCCGUUCGAUAUCACUCGCACAAACGCCAACAUGACCGGAGGUACCAGUGCAGUUACUGUGGCAUUCGGAUAUGCCAGUUGCGGGAUUUUGAAGAUCACCAGAACACGCACACCGGGGCCAGGCCGUACGUGUGCAAAACCUGCGGAAAAUCGUUUAAAACCGCCUCGACCUACUAUGGGCAUUUGAUGGUGCAUCGGGCCGAUAAGAAGCAUGUUUGUACCGUUUGUGCGAAAGGAUUCAUCCGCCAGCGGCAUCUACAGAUACACAUGCGAACGCACACGGGCGAAAAACCGUACAGCUGUGAUGCGUGUGGUCAGAAGUACGCCGAUAAAAAGUCUUUCAGUCGGCACACGCUCACCCAUCAACCUACGGUGGCCGAUAUGUUGAGAGCUAAGGAAAUGUUAGCCACACCGACAACACGAACGCAUACAAGCUUGGCCGAUGCUUCGUCUUCCGGAACCAAGAUUGCGGUUAGUCAGGAAAGUCAGGAAACCCAUCACCACACCACCUUCAUGUACCCGCAGUCUUCGGGUGGUGGUAUCCUUGUGAUGCCUUCCGUUGCACAAAGUGCCUUAGAAAACUCGACCGUUUUCGAUGUCCUUUCCGAUGGAUCCUUUCUCACUGAUUUACCACAAACUAUCACCACAAAUGGGGCAGAGGGAACUAUUCUUAUUUCAGGAGCCACACAAAACAUCAUUCUCGUAGAAAAAUAG